ACAAAAAUGACGCAUUACAAAGAUUUUUGUUUUCUACAAAACAUGCAAUGUAACAAUCGUCACGUUCAAUCUAAAACAUAUAAGGACAUAACUGCCAUUAUACGAGAAGCAAAUAAAAGUGAUUUGUUACAAUUGAUGGAAUUAUUGAUUUCUACGCACGAUUUACAAAUUCAAGUCAAAAUAUUUUCUGUUCUGGCGGCCUAUUUGGUAUCCAAUGGUAUGGAUUACGAAGUCAUUGUGAAGUAUAAUCCAUUCUAUGAAACUAUACAAGACUUACUGAUAAGAGGAUUGCCUCUUAAAGCGGCAACGGCGUUAAAUUUCAUCGUGGCAUUGCUGUGUUUCGAUGAAGGAGACAGGAGUACGAACCUCGCAAUGUAUGCACGAAAUAUGCUGAGGGUUAGCGGUUGCUUGAACACGAUGUGCGAUAUAUUUACUAAUAGUAUGAUGUACCAGGACACGUGGAUUGCCCUCUGCCAAGCUUUGGCAGAAACUUGCCGUGGUUGCAACGCCAAUCAAAGCUAUUGCUCACAUUUGAUACCUGUGUGUGUUCAAAGAUGUCGUCGGGGAAAUGUGGACGUAUGUACAGUACUUCUGGAUUUGCUUCGUGAUAAUGAAAAAAAUAUUCAACUAUUUAUUGCAAGUGAAGGUCUAAAUGUGUUUACCAGGCAACUGUUACAGUACAAUACGUGCAUGCAGUUAUUGAACACGAUUGUGGAAAAGUCUGCAGACGCUGUAUCAAUUUUACGGACCACAGAAGUUGUGUACUAUCUACAAGACUUCUUACAUCUAUAUGGUCCACAAUCACAGAUGGGGCAAUGGACAACUAUUAUUCUAUAUAAUUUUGAGGCAAAAGCAGGUACCCCAUCUCUGUCGGCGAUGAGAACCCAAUCACACAGGCCUGGUCUUGCUGACAAUCCUAGAACUGACAAUAAUCGAGAUCGACUUGGACUCCAACAAUUAAUUGAAACUAGGCCCACAGACCCAAGAAAAAAAAAUGAUUUUACUGCUUUACAAGGCGCAAGACCUGUCCUAGUCGAUAAAGUCUAUAAUACGACGGAAAUAAGAUCUAAUGAAAAAAGUUUCCGACGACCAUAUGAAAAAUAUAUUAAUGACGACAUUCAUAUAAAUCCAGACGAUACGGCGACAUUGUUUCAAAAUGUUAUCAAAGAAGUAAUUUUCUGGAAAGGCAAAAGCCACAAUAACGUUAUAAAACGACCUAUGCAAACUUCUAAAGAAAAUAAUAAUGUACUUAGUGUAAGACCACAAUUACCAACAAGUUUUCCAAGUGAGUUGACAGACAGUCAGCUACUGCAGAAAGACUCAGACUUAAAAGAUAUGAGUUUUUCCUUUCUAAGCAAGGACAACGUUAAACAAUUCAGUAAGGAAAACACUGAAGAAAAUAAAAUUAUAAAUUCUAUUGUUAAUGACCACAAAAUGACGUACACUGAAAAAUAUUCUGUUACAUAUGAUAAAGGAAUUCAAACAAGCACUAAUGAUUUUGAGAACUGUAACAAGAUAAGUGUAGUGGAUAUGAAACAUUUCAACCCACCUUUUAUGUCCACCCCGAAACGUUCCGAAAACGAUAAAUUAAGUAAAAUACGUAAGAAGAGAGACUUACGAAAACUCAAAAACCAAUUUAAGCGUGACAAACGCAAUAAUAAAUCCCCAAUUCCCACCAAAGAAAUAAGAAAUUUGUCCAUGAGUGCUAGAUUAUUAAAUGCUAUAAAUGAAUCCUGCACCACGUUUGUCAAAAGUGUUAAGAGCAUUUUCAGACCAAAGCAAAAUAAGGAUAAACAAGAAAGUAAGAUCUGUGAAAAUGAAGACAGAGGAAAUGAUUCGUGCAGUUAUAGUUUUACCAACUAUAUGCGCCAGAGAGAUGCUCUUUUAGAAAAUGUAGACACUGAAAAUGAAAACUCCAGUUCAGAAACCUAUAAAGUAAAUUCGUGCAAAACCUGCAAAGAUACAAUUAUGCUGCAAAACAAGAUGGUAAGCGAUGAUCGCUUGAAGAGAACCGUUAACAAACUCAAGAUUGCUAUCAAUUUAUACGGGUGCGACUUCAAGAAAAUUGCUAAGGCGAUAUGGCCUCGAGACAGAUACAUGACACCAGAUGUACUCUACAAUCUUUAUCGUAAGUUGAUAGUUAACGGAGGUCACGAUAACCACAAAUUUAGACAAAGGGGCACAGACAUUGCACAAAGGAAAAGAAUAAUUUGUGAUACAAUAUCAGAUUAA